CUCGUCUAAAAGCAGUAGCACCAGUAAUGGUCGUGACACCACGCGAGGCCUAGUUCACAAAAAAAAUCAGUUAGAUAGCUGCUUAUACAUUCUGCAAAAAAACCGUGCAGGCAGUGCGAGCUUGUUAGUCAGUCAGCUCAAUGGUAAACAUACGCUGUCUGCCCCUUGCACUUUAUUCCCAUAAUCAGCAGCUUGGCUAUGGGGUGGCUAACUAGCCGCUAGUAUGCUGUAUUCCAAGUCCUGAACAAUUUUCAGGGAUUUGUUUUGAGUAGCCUAGCUGUUAGAUAAAUUUGAGCGACACGUUGCCUGUUUAGUGUAUCAGCUAUUCUUGCGUGUCUUUGGCAGCGGGGAUGGCUGCUUGAGUGCCGAGCUGCUUGUUUGGAUUCUGCGUCGUUAAGGGCUGUGUCUAUGACCCCGCUGCCUGGCUGUAGAGAUGUACCCGCCUCCACGGAAGGACUUCAUCUCUCUCACCCUCACUGAGCGGGACGGCUACAGCUACAACAACAGCAAGCACUGGCGCAGACAGUCCUGCUGGAGGAAGUGGAAGCAGCUGUCGCGGCUGCAGCGCAGUCUGAUCCUCUUCCUGCUGGCUCUGCUGGUGGUCUGCGGGAUUGUCUCCUACCCCAAUCUGACAGACCACUGGAGAGGCCUCUCUGACAGGAAAGCCAGGGAUGACUGGGAGAAGCAGGAUGACGGGGGCCUGAAGCCCGUGCUCCCGGGGGUCGUUCCGCAGGUUAUCCCAGCGUUCCCGAAAGUCGUUCCCGAGCCCAAGAAAGAGGACGGGCUGGUCCUCCCCAAACCUCCCGCCCCGAGGAAGCCGUUGCCAAACAGACGGGGCCCCCCGAGCCUGCAGAGCCGCUGGAAACGAGAGAACGAAUCGGACUGGCAGGCGAAGGACAAGCAGGGCCCUGCGGCCAAAAACAGGGAUGAAGAGGAGCGUGGGGAGGAGGAGGAGGAGGGAGAGAAGCCGCUCAUCAGCUGGAGGGGGGCCAUGAUUGAGGCUGAUCAUGCCACAGAGCCACAGCCCUCUGCCAAAGAGAAGGACCUGGUACCUGCUGGACCUGCUGGACCUGCUGGACCUGUUGGACCUGCUGGACUUGCUGGACCUGUUGGACCUGUUGGACUUGCUGGACCUGUUGGACCUGUUGGACUUGCUGGACCUGUUGGACUUGCUGGACCUGUUGGACCGUCCCAACCGGGACUGAGUAGCGCCGCAGGGCCAGUGGAGCGGUCGCAGGCUGUGCUGGAGGCCUUCAGACACGCCUGGAAGGGCUAUAAGGAGUUUGCCUGGGGUCACGACGAGCUCAAGCCCGUCUCUAAGUCCUUUGGGGAGUGGUUCGGGCUGGGCCUGACCCUCAUCGACGCCCUGGACACCAUGUGGAUUCUGGGCCUAAAGGAAGAGUUCCAGGAGGCCAGGGCGUGGGUGGAGACGGAGCUGUCCUUCUCCAAAAACGUGGACGUCAACCUGUUCGAGAGCACCAUCCGCAUCAUGGGGGGUCUGCUCAGCACCUACCACCUGAGCGGAGACACCCUGUUCUUCGACAAAGCGAAAGAUUUAGGGUCCAGGUUAAUGCCUGCCUUCAACACCCCCUCCAAAGUGCCGUACUCCGACGUGAACCUGGGCAAGGGCACCGCCCACCCUCCCCGCUGGACCACGGACAGCACCGUCGCCGAGGUGACCAGCAUCCAGCUGGAGUUCCGAGAGCUGAGCCGCCUCACCAAGGACCCCCGAUACAGGGAGGCGGUGGAUGAGGUGAUGAGGAUGGUGCACAAGCUCCCGGGGAAGCACGACGGCCUGGUGCCCAUGUUCAUCAACACCAACAGCGGACAGUUCACCCACCGCGGGGUGUUCACCCUGGGCGCCCGCGCCGACAGCUACUACGAGUACCUGCUGAAGCAGUGGCUCCAGGGAGGCAAGAAGGAAACCGAGUUGCUGGAGGACUACAUCCAGGCCAUAGAGGGGGUGAAGAAGAACCUGCUGAAGCAGACAUUCCCGAUGAAGCUCACCUUUGUGGGGGAGCUCUCCCAUGGCCGCUUCAGCCCUAAAAUGGACCACUUGGUGUGCUUCCUGCCAGGCACCCUGGCACUGGGGGCCCAUAACGGCCUGCCAGAGGACCACAUGGAGCUGGCCAAGCAGCUGAUGGAGACCUGCUACCAGAUGUACGCGCAGAUGGAGACGGGCCUGAGCCCCGAGAUCGUGCAGUUCAACAUGCAGCCCCGCAGCGGCCGCGACGUGGAGGUCAAGCCCGCAGACAGGCACAACCUCCUGAGGCCUGAGACGGUGGAGAGCCUGUUCUACCUGUACAGGUUCACUCAGGACCGAAAGUACCAGGACUGAUGGGACAUCUUCCAGAGCUUCAACAAGUACACCAGGGUGGCCUCGGGUGGGUACACCUCCAUCAGCAACGUUCGGGACCCCGCCAGCCCCAGCCCCAGGGACAAGAUGGAGAGCUUCUUCCUGGGCGAGACGCUCAAGUACUUCUACCUGCUGUUCUCCGACGACCCCGAGCUGGUCAGCCUGGACAAGUACAUCUUCAACACGGAGGCGCACCCCUUCCCCAUCUGGCCCUCCGACCAGUGACAGGAAGCUCGUCUGCUCCCACAGGAAGUGACACGUACGCGUACGCACAAACCCUCAGGGCUUCCCUGGGUGAGGGGCCAUCAGGGCUUCACGGAGGGAGGAGCCUUUGGGCUUUACAGGGUGGAAAGCUGGCGGAGAACGUGGUAGAUGUAGGACUGAACUUUCUCUUUUUACUUCUUUCAGUACCUUUUUACCUACCCCCCACCUCCACUUGGCCACUUUCCUGGCCCUGGUUAAGAAGCCUUGUUCUGCUCUGUGGGAAAUGAAGAUUUCACAACUCGAUGCAGUUCGCUUGAGAAUCUAUCAAGCUGUUGCUUUUCAUGUGUCGUUGAUGUCCGUCUCCGUUGGGCCAGGGAGAAUUCAGAUUUUGCAUCCCGUCCGUCGCAUUGGUGGAUUCGGUAAAGUGGUUCACAUUCACUGGCCUAUUUCCCGACUCCUCCCCUCCUCAGCUAUAGAAGGGUCCUGCCCUCUGUCGUGUAUGGUGAAAAUCUCAGCGGGGUCUGAACUCGAGCACUUCCUUACCCGGUUGUUGGGCGGAUGCCAGGGACACCAGGGAAUCACUGCCACAAGCCAACCGAAAAGCAGCUCUCUUGCCGUCCAUUUUCAUAGCUCGACCCCAUUGGCUGUUGUGUUACCCAGGUUCACGGGUCUGUGAGUGCACCAGGAGCGCGUGUGUCUCGCUCCCGUUCGGCCUGGCCUAGUUGCACCUGCCCCCGCGCAGCCUGCAGUAAGCGGGAGAGCGCGGAGCUUUCUGGCUGUGCACUGUGAAAUGUUUCCACGGGAGAAAUCCAAGCACUUGGUAAAUGAAGCAUUUUAUUUUCAUGUUUUUUUUUUUUUUUUGUCCUGUGUAAUUGUGACUUAAAAUUGGAAUAGAAGCCGCAGUCUUAUUUAAUAUUUGUGGCCAUUUUCAUGGCCAGAGUGAUGAGACACUGACAGUAUAAUGAAUUGUAUCUUCUGUCAUCUCUGUAUUGCGGACCAUGCUGUAGCUAGACAACAUGAUGGCAUCUACUUAUUUUGUCAUUCUUGGUUAUUUUUUCAUUUUGUUUUUUAGAGGGUCGCGGUUAGUCUGUACUAAUUGUGCCCCUAUUGAAUAUCUCUUUUUCCUCAUUUUUGCACAAUAUGUCUUUUUCAUUUUUUUAAUAAGCACUUUUGUGAUGACCCAGCAUUGGUUGUCCUCUACUGUAGUGUGGCACAUCAUGGGAAAUUGAGCGAAGAGACUAGUCUUGAUCCACUGUGUGGUCUCUUGUUGAGUUACUCUGUUAUGUAUAGGCAAUAGGUCUGAGGCUUAUCUGAGCAGACUGGGGUCACACAGCGGACCUCUCUCUUCAGAGUCAUAGCCACUCUACAGCGGAGAAAAGCAGAACGCUGGAUUGCAGAUUCACCAAUUGGGGCCGCAGCAUCUUGCACUGUUUUCUUUUCUGCACCUGAUGCAAUAUUGUCAUUUAAUUUGUGUGUGUCUAUGUUUGUGUGUGGUGUUUGUGUGUGUGUGUGUGCACGUGUAUGUGUUCAUGAUCACCAGUAGGACAGGGGUGUGGCCCCUAUUUUAGAUCUCGUUAUAAUUGAGCUACACUACUUGGGCAUUUUUGAGGAACUAUGACCAACUAGACUUUUAAACUAUUCUUGACUAUUGCUGCCAACAGACCAAGGAACAUUGUGGACUAUGAUCAUUCCUGUAAAUAAUUACUUAAAACACUUCAAAUUUUAAUAUAAUUAUUUGUUUGCCCAUAUUUCUUCAUUUACUGUUUUGGAAUACAGUCCUACAGUGUAUUUGUUUAGCAACAGAAAUGUUAGUCUAAAUCUCAAGUAGCCAUUGUUUUUGUUUUUUUAAUGCAAUUUUAAUUGAACGUGGAUGGUUGAAUUCUUGCACACAUGGGAGGUCAUGUGUCGUGGUUGUCUUGCCAGUGAGUUUAUAGUGUUUAAUUUAGUAGGGUAUCCAACAGAACAAGAGGUGCACCUGACUGACAGUUGACUCGCCUCUUGGGUAAUGUAGCUUCUCCCAUCUCAGAGAUUGUUUCAGUGAAAUGCUUGCAGUUUAUUUAAAGUAAGAGUUAUUUAUUAAAAUGCUAUCCCAAUCAUUAGAAAUUCCAGUGUCCAUUUAAAAUAAUAAAAUAAUUUCCCCCGUUUCAUUUUAAGAAUGCGAGGAACAUUGUCUGAAGAUACAAUUUUUUUUUUUUUUUUGCUGAAGUAGUUAUAUUUUAAUUGACUGCUAAUGAGCAGACUGUACUGUGUGUCUUUCAGUCGAUGUUGUUUUUGUUUUUAUUUUGUAAUUUAAGCAUCAUGUAUUCAAGGAGUAGACUGCCCGUUGGGACUACCAAUGUUUGAGUGAGCUGCUUCCGUUGCUGUCUGUCUGUCUCUCUGUCUCUCUGUCUCUCUGUCUGUCUGUCUGUCUGUCUGUCUGUCUGUCCUCAGUGUGCCCUUUGGUGGGGUUCCUUGCCUUCAUUGGAGAUGAUGGGCAUGUCGACUCUACGCUAUUUGUUCAGCUCGCCCUCCUCUCCCCACCCACACCCCAUCAUUCCAUCCGUAGGGUUGCGCCCUCACUAACAGUGGCUCCAAAGUGGACCUCUAGUGUAGUUCAUGUCUGUGAGUUCAGUCAGUGUGAGAGUGGACCUCUAGUGUAGUUCAUCUCUGUGAGUUAAGUCAGAGUGAAAGUGGACCUCUAGUGUAGUUCAUCUCUGUGAGUUCAGUCAGAGUGAGAGGUAAUUUUUCCUUGGGAGCGUGCACUUCCAAGAACGCAAGGACAGAGAACGCUCUAUGUGUUUGAGAUGCGGUGUGUGCUUGUGAGGUUACGCUACCACUCCAACACAGGCAAGAGCAGCCUGUCUCCACAUGCCCGCUCAUUUCUGUAACCUACGUUCGACUGUGCACUAACUUAUACAGAUAUCUAAUGAAGCCAAAAUAAACGCUGUGUGUGUAUCCUCCAUAUCUGGGGAGUGUCAAGAUCACUUUCGUGAGCUUUAACCGUCCUCGUUCCUAGCUUUCUUGCUUUUGUGACAGAACUUGGGCCAUUAAAUAUUACGUCACACAAGUUCCCAAGGAGAACAGAGGAGAACCGAUAUUGAGAAAGGCACGGAGGCUUGUGACCUCACCACUGGGGGCCGAGCUACCUCUGGCAUUACCCCAGACCUCCUUGGCUGUGUUGGCUGUGUUUUUUGCUCCUCACAUCCAAGUUUUCUGCUUCCAUUUCGGGGAUGUGUGGGAAACUUUGCCAUCUUUCUGGUGCCUUUCCAGUAAAAAAAAAAAAUGUUUUAAUAGCAAAUACGAUGUGUCUGUUUUUCUCAUGAGUUCUGCUUUGCCUAACCUGCAUUUAAAGUCUAUCAUGCCAAUGCAGACUGAUAAGUACCUUUUUUUCCUGGUAAUUGGUGUAAUUUAUGAUUUACGCAGGAGAGAGGAAAGUGUGGGUUAUUUAUAACAUUGGAUCAUUGCCAUGCAAGAUGAUUUCAGAUGAAAAUGGUUUGUAGGUUGCUGUACAUAAAAAGAAAGAAUGAAAUUUUUAAAGAAUAUGAAAUUGUACCAUAGUAGAUAUUCUAAUCAGGGAGAAAGGGUAAAAGGUGACUUGUUUUCUAUGUGCAUUAAUGCUCUGACCAAACAUGGACAUGGAUAUUGAAUGUAACAUGUGUAGAAUUUCAACCCAAAACAAUAUCUUCUAGCACACCAAUACAGGUUGUCCUCUAACACAGUGUUUCUCAACUCCUGAUGGAGGAGAAAUGCCCACCAGAAAUGCCCUUGAUUACUUAAAUCAGGUGUGCAAGUUCCUGGUUACAACAAAAACCUUCUGGCGAGUGGGUCUGGAGAACUAGAGUUGAGAAACACUGAUCUAAAACCUCAGCCAUAAGAAUCAGACACUGUAGAAAGAGUUGUUGGAAAAACUUUUAAUCUAUGUUUGCUCAGUGGCUGCCAGUCUAAUAAGGGCUGAGUUCACUACCCAAAAAUGUCUUUCGGACCUGAGGCUGUUCCCUGUAUCCGGUUUGUGUGAGACGCCCUACAGAAUGUCAUCUACCAUCCCAUAGCUGCUCCACUUUCAGCUUUCUGUAAGUUCUGCACUAACCGACAUGGCCACCAGCCUCAACCUGGCUUUUUAUCAUUUUAUUUUUUUUAAACCUGUUGUACCGAGCCCUGUACGGAGGGUUUUGUUAACGUCAUUUGGUCGGCAAUAAAACUUGGAAAUUAAAAA